AUGGACGCAGAGCCCGGGUCCCCGACGUCGCCGACCGGCACCUCUUCCUCCUCUUCGUCAUCGUCUUCUACCUCCUCCGUGGCGGCGACGGCCAAGAAGCGGGCGCGCAAGGGGGACGACGGCCGCCACCCGACGUACCACGGCGUGCGCAUGCGCAGCUGGGGCAAGUGGGUGUCCGAGAUCAGGGAGCCCCGCAAGAAGUCCCGCAUCUGGCUGGGCACCUUCGCGACGGCGGAGAUGGCGGCGCGCGCGCACGACGUGGCGUCGCUGGCCAUCAAGGGCCGCGCCGCCGCGCACCUCAACUUCCCGGAGCUGGCGGACCUGCUGCCGCGCGCCGCCAGCGCCGCGCCCAGCGACGUCCAGGCGGCCGCCGCGCUCGCCGCGGCCGCAGACUUCCCCGCCGGAUGUGGCGGCGCCAAUGCCAAGAGCCCCGAGAGCGGGCUCUCCGAGGACGGCAGCGCCGCCGCCGCCGCCUCCCCGCCGGCGGCCACGCUGCAGGCCGAGAUGGAGCCGGGGCCGGUGCCGGACCCGGAGGACGCGCUGUUCGACCUCCCCGACCUGCUCCUGGACCUGAGAUACGAGUCGCCCUCGGGCCUGGCGUGCGCGCCGUCGUGGACCUUCGACGACGACGUGCUCGGCGGCGGCGCGUUCCGGCUCGAGGAGCCGCUGCUCUGGGAUUACUGA